AUGGCAUUUGUGGACCUCAGCGUUGACUAUCGGCUCGCGACUUCAUCCCGAGUCGCCCUGCAUCGGCUUCGAGAUCCGAUGUCCUGUCCAGUUCAGCAGCGGGCGUCAAGCCAGGUACCCUUCACCUUUCUAGCAUUCCCUAAAACCGGUACCUUACCCAUGUACCAAAUUCGCAACCCAGCCUCAGGUCCAACAUCCUUCCUCCCCAAAUGCCUAAACCCGCUCUCCCAACCCACCGAACAACCACAUUGCUGCGCCAUAACCAUGCAAUCAGCAAACCACCUCCAAAAGACCCUCAAGUCCAACACCCCCGCCUUCGGCGCCUGGCAAAUGCUCCCGGGCCCAACCCUCCCCCGCACAAUCUGCCGCGCUUCCCCAAGCAUCUCCUGGCUCCUCAUCGACCUUGAACACGGCAACCUGCACGACGACAACAUGCACGAGCUCGUUGCGGCCGCGGCCUCAUGCGGCGUGUCGCCCGUUGUUCGUGUCGCCGAUGCCCAGCACUGGAUGAUCAAGCGGGCGCUUGACGCCGGCGCACACGGGAUCCUGGUCCCCAUGAUCGAAUCAGUGGAUGAUGCAAGGAGAGUCGUGGAGUGCGCUAAAUUUCCGCCCAAUGGAAAGAGAGGGUUUGAGAGCCUGCUGGCCGUGGACAAAUUCCGGAGCCAUGUUUAUGAUCCCCCGACGGGGGGCGUGAGCGUCCACGAGCCCACCGGGGCAGAGUAUCUAGCUCAAGCGAACGACGCGCUCGUCAUAGGCGUGCAGAUCGAGACGAGGGGGGCACUAGAGGACGUUGAGGCCAUUGCUGCUGUGAACGGAAUCGACGUCCUCUUCAUCGGGCCCUUUGAUCUAGCCGUGAAUAUUGGAUUCCCGAUCACCGGUCCUGGGGAGGAGAACUAUGCGCCUGAGUUGCGGGAUGCGAUUCAGAGGGUUUAUGAGGCGGGACGGAGAUAUGGGAAGGCUGUGGGGAUUUAUUGUGAGACUGGGGCUCAGGCGAGGAGUUAUGCGCGCCGUGGGUUUGGGAUGGUGAGUGUUGUUACUGAUUUGGUUGGGCUGGGGAUGCUGGUUAAGAGGGAGUUUGGUGUUGCGGCGGGUGUGGAGUAG